UUUAAGUGGACGCGCCCCGCCGGGCUUGCAUUUUGCGUUUGACUUUGCUCGAGUCGCAAUGUCUCGCUCCGUGGCGGUGGCGGUGGCGUUGGCCUUGUUCAUGCUACUCUUUCUGACCGGUCUGGACGCUGACCCGCGUUCUCCGAAAAUUCAAGUUUAUACACGGCACCCAGCUGAGAAUGGAAAACCGAACUUCCUCAACUGCUACGUAUCUGGGUUUCAUCCACCCCAGAUUCAAAUAGAUCUGUUGAAAAACGGACAGAAGAUAGAAAAAGUCGAGCAGUCGGACCUCUCUUUCAGCAAGGACUGGUCCUUCUAUCUUCUGGUGCACACUGAAUUCACCCCCAAUGAUAAAGAUGAAUACGCAUGCAGAGUUACACAUGAAACUCUGAAGGAGCCCAAGAUAGUGAAGUGGGACCGAGACAACUAACCAGCAUCCUGGGACUAACCAACAACACAGAGGACUGAAGAUGCUUUAUUUGGACUGGACUAAUUUCGAAUUAUUUUCUUUCUUUCUCAAGUUGAUAUGCAAAUACACUUUAUGCACGUAGGAAGUUGCAAUGAUGUAACAGUAGUCUUCUUAAUAAUUCUACUUUAGGAACUAUCCUUGUGUUUGUCUCUCCCUGGUGUCCAGAAAAAAAUUCAGAAAUUAUAGACUAACAUUUGGGUAGUAGGUGUCUUAUAAGAAAUAAUAAACUAUCUAUGACUACUUUGAUUGGAAACCUUAUGCAUAAAAGCCAUUUUUACAUUUUGGAGUUCCACAAGAAGGGCUGAUAGAAAAAACAAACGAACUAGUAAAUAUAAUUGAAAGUAAGAGUUGAUCAUAUAUCAAGCCUUAAUCCUGUAGGAAACUCCAUAUAUCUCUCAUUAACUGGAUGUAGUUAUUCACCUUUAGUUCUCCACAAUAUAGAUGAUUAAAAAAUAUAACUGAAGAUAUAUUUAUAUCUUGUUGGUGAAGCACAAGGGCACAAAUGAAGCCUGCACAUCACUGUGGUGCAUUAAGAAAGGGCUUUUAUGGGGGAAGAAAAGCAGUAAAGCAGUGGAUGACGAAGGACAGAAGCCAAGUGAGGGUGUGAUAUUAGAAGUUUCCACAUAGCCUUUUCCCACAGGGACCUCUAUAUAACAAAGAACACACCUUAGAAUUUGUCCUGCCUCAAAGCAAAGGAUCUGGCUUUUGGUAAUCCACAACAGCCUGUCUUUGGCUAUAUCAGGCUAUGGGAUGGCAUGAAACUUAAAAUUUCCAGUUCUCUCCAGUAUCCUCAAGCAAUGUACAGGUGCUAAUUGUUGGCACAAUAGGCAAAAGCUGGGAACUGGCUCACUGGGGCAGAUCUGAAUGGGGCAUCAGUUGCUACUGUGAGUUUCCUAUUAAAUUCCUCUGGUGGGCCCCUAACACAUGUAAUCCCAAACUCCCAUUACAACUUCAAAGUUUCUAAGGGGUUAGCAUUAGAAUUUGAAUACCAGUAGGCUCAGAACUAAGUUUGAAUCCUAAUUUCACAAAGGGAACUGGAAAAUUCCUGACCCAAUCUUAGGUUGGAUAUGGCUUAAUUGUGUCCUCAAAAGUCCAUUGUGGUUAGAGUCUUGAUUUCCAGGGUGGCAGUUUGGGGAGGUGGUGGAACCUUUGAGAGGUGGGGUGCUGCGCCCCUCCCCUGACUCAGGCAAUGGCAAGGCCCUACUGAGGAGGAUGGCGCAAGGCGUCCAUCCUCUGGAGGAGCGCAGUAUGUUUCUGGGAAUGGGCUGAUUUGUUUUUGUAUUCCUUUAAUAAGUAUAGUUGCGACUUCUCAUAUGAAAAUUAAGUAUGAAGGAAAAAACAUGACUUUCCCAAUUAAUGCAACUACUUCUAAAGAAUAGAUCUGUUUGCUCUAAAUGCAAUGAUUCAGCUGUGGAGCGUAAAUUGUUAAUGUCUAAUGAAAAACUCCCUGUAUCCUGCCAAGGAAGUUUUUGAGAAAUUAAAUUAAAAUCUAGAGAAGAAAAAUUAAUGUUAAGAAGACAGAUUAGUGCUUAGUACUGGGCAACUUGUUCUUGUUCCUGUGCACAAUGGUUUGUGCUCUUACUCUUGUUUGAUUAAAAUUAAUAACAAGUCAACCACUUGCCAUAACCAUGGCACCGUUUCCAGUCAGUAAGUCAAGAAAGAAUAGUCAAGGUAUAGGCCAAUAUUUUGGGACAUUUGUAACUAUUAUUAAAAGUUAACUAAGCAGAAACAGCUCAAAGCAAAACUCGAACUGAAAGUACAAAUGCUUGCUUUUGCAUAAGCCAAGAUACGUUCUUCUAUUCUAAUUGUAGCUACUUAAUAUUUUGUUUCUUUGAAUAAUGAUUCCUGUUUUGUAACCUACAAAGUACUGUGAGCCUGCCAAAAUGAAAAGUAUAUAUGAUCAACUUCACAAGUAAAGAUUGGGAUCAACACCUUCA